AUGGAGACCGUACUGAGUGCGUCAGGUUUAUAUGAUCAGUCAUUAUCUGAAUCUGUUUUGGAUUACAUGGACUUUGAGUACCCUACUACAUCUGGCAGAAGCGUGGAGUGGUAUCGCGUCUCAGGAGGAACAUCCCGCGUUAUUGAGAAGAUGGAAGCCAUCCUGUCUAGAAAGCCUAGCUUAGGAUCCCGUGUUACAUCCAUCGAAUACCAGACGGCAGACUCCCACUAUCCGAUGUCCGUGCAGGUCGAAGGGGAGACACAAUCCAGAGAAUACUCUGCCGUCUUCAGUACGGCCAGUCUGCCUUGUAUUCGUCGCAUAGCUGUGGGACAAGGAAUAUUGAGUCCAGGUCAGAGAACCGCGAUUCAGAAUGUUCAUUAUGAUGCCUCGACCAAGAUUGCGGUCAAGUUCAAAACAGCAUGGUGGACGAAAUACUGUCAAAUCCGGGGUGGUCAGGCAUCGACCGACCUCCCCAUUCGGACCUGUGUGUAUCCUUCGUCCGGGACAAAUACAGAAGAUGUCUCCACAGUUCUGUUGUGCUCGUAUACAUGGGGACAGGAUGCCCAGCAAAUAGCAUCAUUGACAGGACAGGACUCAGAUGGAGCGAGAAAGAAGGAACUCGAGCAUAUUGUGCACCAUAAUCUCGCUCUCCUACACCAAAGCCACACCGAUUCCUUUUCCUCUCGACCAUACGGAUAUCGCAGAAUGUUGAAAAUUAUCCAGAAUGAGUACGUCUGUCUUCACGCUUACAACUGGUAUGAUGAUCCUUCCGCCUCGGGGGCAUUCGCCUAUUUCGGGCCUGGGCAAUUCCGGCAUUUUUACCCCGAGCUCGUCAGCCCAGCCGCCGAUGGCCACAUGUUUCUAGUUGGGGAGGCAUGCAGCGCCCAUCACGCCUGGAUCUCGGGAUCGCUCGACAGUGCCUACCGGGGACUGAUGCAGUACUUCUACAAGCUCAUUAUUGAAGGGCGAGUGGGCCGCGGGGUGUUAGAUAAAUUGAAAGAGGCAUGGGGACCGCUGGAUGAGAUGUCUGAAGAGAUGCUAGAGUGGCAGGCUAUUCUAGCACACCUGGCCAGAAGGUAG